CUAGCAACGCAACACGUGACUGUGACGUAACACGACCUGGCGGCGAUGUCUCUAUGGCUGCGGGAGACGCCGAGAGUAUUAGCCUGGAAAGAAGUGCUUACGUCACUUUGCACUAGAAAUUUCAGAUAAAGACAGCAUGAAGUGUUGGACGGUUGCAUGGACUCUGUAAUAAACAGCAGUUACCCAGUCAGUUUUUAGAUUUGGACGUCUUAGUUCCGGGUGGCUUCUUGCUAACAACCACCGAGCUGCUAAUGCUAAUGCUAAGGAUCAGUCAGAAACCACUGACGUCAUUGGUAUAAAACAGCCCCUCUGUCUGGAAUAAGGCACCUUUUUUUUUAGGAUUACAUACAUUUAUAGCGUCGUGUAACCUUCUCGAUGUAUCACAAAGAGAAGAGCAUCCAGAUUAAGAACAGCGCGUCUGCGUUGUACAACAACCUGAGCACGCUGCGCAUCGCCCCGCGGCGCCUCACCCACUUCACGGUGGUCCACGCCAAUGUGGUCAACAUGGUCAGCGCGUCUUGGGACGGCCUCAACUACUCCACCCGUCAACUGCAGUCCAAGGAGCCCAACGUGGCCACAAGCCCAUCGCUCAUUAUGCAGGCUGCAUUUUGUGUUUUGCCCUCUCGAGAUAUUCUGGUGGUAACUUCCCAAAGAGGCAUCCAGAUGUAUGAAUCCGAUGGCUCCAUCAUGGUGUACUGGCAUGCACUGGAAACGCCUGAAACACCAACAGCUCAAGCUGUGUUUGCACGAGGGAUUGCUGCCGUUUGGGAGAAUUACAUAUGCGUCGGCUUGUCCACCUGUGGAGUUCUGGUGUUUGAUAUUCCCAAUAAAGGCAGUAAUAUCACACUUUCUGAGGUCCUUGAGGAGCACAUGGAGCCCAUCACAGACUUGGCUCCAGAGUGCUCUGGCAGCCAGGAGUGCAUAGCUGACCUGGUCAGUGCAGACGAUGGCGGCACUUUGUGUGUGUGGAAGUCAGGGGAGGAGUUUCAGCUUCUCAACAAAAUUGGUGGAUUUGACAUGAGCUGCUCCUCCGUAAAGCUGUGGAAAGGUACAGUGGUGGCCGGAUAUGGAACAGGCCAGAUCCGUCUUUAUGAGGCGGUGACGGGAAUUCUGCACGCUGAGGUCAACGCCCACGCUCGCUGGAUCUACUCGCUGGACGUUGCUCCGUUUUCCGGACUGCUCCUGUCUGCUGCCGAGGACUCUUUUGUGAGGGUGUGGCACAUGACAGUAACUCCAGAAACCAACACCGUGGAGGUUGCCCAUCUACACAAUGAGUGUGUAACAGACACACAAAUCUGCGGCGCCAAGUUCUGUGACGGGGAUGGCUACGCCUUUGCUGUGACAGGAUAUGACCUCAAUGAGAUUAUCCGAUACACGCAGACAUAGUACAUCACCUUUAUCAUGGCUGAGUACAUUGAUAUCAAAACGGAUGUAAUGGGAUAUUUCCGCAGAGUCAUCCAAAUUUAGCGCAGUCAAUAGGGGUAUCGCAUGACGUUCUUUUUUUUUUUGUAGAAGCGUCAUUUCAGUUCGUUUGUGUCUUCAGAUACAUUUUUAAAUAUAGUGUGUGUGUAUAUAUAUAUAUAUAUAUAUAUAUAUAUAUAUAUAUAUAUAUAUAUAUAUAUAAUGUGUAUAUGUACAGUAUAGAUAUGUGUAUGUAUGUCCGUCUCUCUCUCUCUCUCUCUCUCUCUCUCUCUCUCCCUCUCUCUCUCUCUCUCUCUAUAUAUAUAUAUAUAUAUAUAUAUAUAUAUAUAUAUAUAUAUAGACAUACAUAGUACAGGCCAAAAGUUUGGACACACCUCAUUCAAAGGGUUUUCUUUAUUUUCAUGACUAUUUACAUUGUAUAUUGUCACUGAAGGCAUAAAAACUAUGAAUAAACAUGUGGAGUUAUGUACUUCACAAAAAAGAGGUGAAAUAACUGAAAACGUGUUUUAUAUUCUAGUUUCUUCAAAAUAGCCACCCUUUGCUCUGAUUACUGCUUUGAAUAUUUUUGGGAUUCUCUCGAUGAGCUUUAAGAUGUAGUCACCUGAAAGGGUUUUCACUUACAGGUAUCAUAGAGGCCUUCAGUGACAAGUUACAUGGUAAAUAGUCAUGAAGAUAAAGUAAAUAUAUUGAAAUGAGAGGGUGUGUCCAAAAUUUUGGCUUGUACUGUAUAUAUAUAUAUGUAUAUAUAUAUAUGUCAAUUUUACCCGUUUGUUUUUAAUUACAUAUUCUACUUAUUUACUUGUACAUUACAUAUAUUGAUUGAUUUUGAGUUGAAAAAGAAGAAUGUGUUACAAAAAAGUUCCACCAGAGGGCAGUGUGACUUUCGUCAACCCUAUAAUGGUACUGAAGUGUGUCCAGGUGGGAUACUGUACAGAGACCAUAGGCAGCACCAUUUGGUUAAAAAGCAUAUAUAAAUUCACUUUUCACUUUUAAGGAUUUUUUUUUUUCUGCUUCCAAACUUAAACAGUGUUGUUAUAAAACUAUCACACCAAAUGUGAUUUUUGGAAAAUGAAUAUUCUUUUUCUUUUCUAACUAAUGUGGUAAAUUGAUUGUUCUGGAAGAAAUAAAGGGAAUAGAAACGGGCACGCAUAUUUUAAUUAGCAAUAAACUAACUCUACUCACUUAAUUCCUACUUUCUAAAUGACUUUGCAAAAGACAACUGACUAGGAAAGCAGUCUCUAAACACAAGAAGAUGAUGUAAUGUACCCUCAUGUUUAGUUGGUACAUGUGUUGUUAUUUGUGAGCUGUUUGGACUGUUAAAAGUCAUCAAGUGCA